CGGGCGGCUGUGCGCGCGCGCGGCAGGCGGCGGCGGCGGCGGAGCGUCUCCCGCAUCCCGACGUGCUUCUCCCCGGCCGGACCGUGACAGCGACCGACGCCCCGGCGGCUCUGCCGUGACUCCCGGAGGUUUUUCCGAGCGCCGCGCGGAGCGGCGGGAGGAGCUCGUCCAACAUGAAAACGAUGACGGGAUCAAACGAGUUCAAACUGAACCAAACUCCAGAUGAUGGUAUUUCAUCGGUGAAGUUCAGUCCAAACACGUGUCAGUUUCUGCUUGUUUCCUCCUGGGACACGACUGUUCGGCUCUAUGAUGUCCCUGCCAACACCAUGAGACUCAAAUAUCAGCAUUCAGGAGCUGUCCUGGACUGUGCUUUUUAUGAUCCUACCCAUGCCUGGAGUGGAGGGCUGGAUCAGCAGCUGAAAAUGCACGAUUUAAACACGGACCAAGAAAACCUUGUGGGUGCCCAUGAUGCUCCCAUCAGGUGUGUUGAGUACUGCCCAGAGGUGAAUGUGAUGGUGACUGGAAGCUGGGAUCAAACAGUUAAACUGUGGGAUCCCAGAACUCCUUGUAAUGCAGGAACCUUCUCUCAGCCUGAAAAGGUGUACACGCUGUCUGUGUCUGGGGACAGGCUGAUCGUGGGGACGGCGGGCCGGAGGGUGCUGGUGUGGGAUUUACGGAACAUGGGAUACGUUCAGCAGCGCAGGGAAUCCAGCCUCAAAUACCAGACCCGCUGCAUCAGAGCAUUUCCCAACAAACAGGUAUG